AUGAAAGUGCCAGUGAGAGGGAAGCCCUUCGCCGUGAAGAUAGAAGAUCAGUUCAACAAAGAGCUAUUGUCGUUGCUGAAGGCGAACCGUGUGUCGCAAGCCUUCUAUGACGACGUACACUCCACAGGAGGUACUCCGCCUCGUCUGUACGGUUUAGCCAAGGUUCAUAAGCCAGAGACGCCACUGAGACCAGUGCUGUCUCUGCCGGGCAGCUGUUACGCCACUUUGAAACAUUACGCCAAUAUUGAAACAUCGAUCGCGGAGAUGAAGAAGAUCCUGUGCGAAGACCAAAUUGAAGAAGAUAAUGUGGUUUUUUCUAUGGAUGUAAAAAGUCUGUACACGAACGUACCCGUCUUGGAAGCAAUUAACAUUGCUGCUGGCAAAGCGUACAAUCUAGAAGAAAAACCACCUAUGGACAAGUCCACUUUCAUGCAGCUAAUGAGACUAGCGGUCACUGACAUCGAAUUUUUAGCUUGCGGAUAG